CAAAAGAUCACUGGACGAACGGUUCGGAUCGGCACACAUCUCCAUUCCGUCUGGCACCGCAGCACUCGUCUCCCCCACUCCCCUUCCGCCUUCCCCGCUUUUCUCCUUCAUCUCGUUGAGAAGCAACCCUAACCCUAGAAGCCGCCGCCGCCGCCGCCGCCGCCGCCGGCGCCAAGCUUGAGAUCGAUGAUCUGAGGGGAAGGAAUGGAGGGCGCCGCGCCGCUGCUGCCCCGCCCGUCCGACCUCUCCGCCCCUCUCCGCCGCCUCCUCGCCGAGCGGCUCCGCGCCGAGGACGACCUCUCGCGAUCCCCCGAUCUCGAGGUGGAGCUGCGGGGCCGGUGCUCGGAUCUCGAGGCGUCCCUGUCCGAUCUGGGCCGCCGGCUCUCGGAGAGCAUCGCCGCCUACGCUUACCGAUCGGAGGAGUUUGGCGGCCGCCUCGGCGAAGUCCGCGCGGGACUGAUCGAUCUCUGGUCGUCCAUCGCCGGGCCAUCAGUAGGUGGAGGAGAAGAACAGGGCGGGGGGAGGAGCCAGCAGAUCCAUGCGGAGGAGCUGCCAGUGCUUGCGAAGGAGGUGGCGAGAGUGGAAACCGUUCGAGCUUAUGCUGUAUCAACUGGAAUUUUUUUAUUUAACAGAGACUGCAUUAAAGCUCGACAGUCUGAUUGGUGAUGUUGAAGAUGCAGUUUCUUCUUCUGUGACAGCAAAACUUAGAUCUCCUCAUGCAGUUAACUCAGAGGAAGUUCGCCUGAGUGUCAUCGAGUCUCUCAAGCAAAUAGAGGAUAUCUUAACGUCUGUUAUAAAAACAAGGUCUCAGUGGGCUCGUCUUGUCUCAGCUGUAGAUCACAGAGUUGACCGAGCUUUAGCUGUUCUUCGACCUCAAGCAAUUGCAGAUCAUCGAUCUCUUCUAGCAUCCCUUGGGUGGCCUCCUCUGCUUAGCAGUUCAAAUCUUGCAAAUCCAGAGAGAGGAAAAUCAGCUGAGUCUGUCAAUCCUCUUAUCUCAAUGAAGGGGGACUUGAAGGGCAAAUACUGUGAUAGUUUCCUCUCCCUGUGCAAUUUGCAGGAGUUGCAGAGACGGAGAAAAUCUCGACAACUGGAAGGACAUAAUUUGGAGAUUGCAUUGCAUCAACCACUGUGGGUCAUAGAAGAGCUAGCAAAUCCAAUAUCCAUCACAUGGGUACGCCAUUUCUCAAAGUGGGUUGAGAAGCCUGAGUUCAUUUUUGCACUUGUUUAUAAGAUUACAAGGGACUUUGUAGAUUCACUGGAUGAGAUAUUGCAACCGCUAGUAGACAAGGCCAAGCUUGUGGGUUAUAGUUGCAGAGAGGAGUGGAUUUCAGCAAUGGUGACUGCAUUAUCUACUUAUUUGUCGAAAGAGAUAUUUCCUAAGUAUGUUGAUCUUCUACAGGAAGGCAGUUCAAGUGGUGUUUCAUCACAGGCUAGAAUCUCAUGGCUUCAUCUUGUUGACUUAAUGAUUUCUUUUGAUAAACGAAUGCAUUCCUUAAUCACAAAUGCAGGACUACUGCUAUCUCUCAGGGAAGAUGAGAAUUUGCAGAGGGUCACAAUUCUGUGUGUCUUUUGUGAUCGUCCUGAUUGGCUUGAGAUAUGGUCGGAGAUCGAGCUCAGGGAAAUGCUAGAUAAGCUGAAACCAGUAAUGCAGGAGGAGAAAAGCUGGAAAUCAAGGCUUGAAGGUACAGUUCUGAUGUCUGGGUCAGAAGAUUACAGAUCUCCUGCAGUUUCUGGUGCUGUUAUCCAGGCUCUAUCUUUGCUGAUUGACAGGUCCCGGCCUUUGCCAAGCAUUGCUCUUAGAGCAAGGUUUGUGAGAUUGGCUGGAGCUCCGCUUGUGCGGGAAUUUCUUGAUUGCUUGCUUCGCAGGUGCCAGGAAGCGGAGGGUCUCACUGCUUUGGCUGAUGAUGAUGCUAUACUCAGGGUUUCCCAAUCCAUCAAUGCAGCUCGAUAUGCCGAAUCUAUAUUGACAGAAUGGUGCGAGGAUGUAUUCUUUCUCGAAAUGGAAGCUGUAUCCGAUGAGGAUACUGGUGGAGGAUGUAUUUUUGAGGACGAGAUGGGCGGUUUGAAAGAGUUCAGAACAGAAUGGGUUGAGAAAAUCUCAACUGUCAUUCUAAGAGGAUUUGAUGCGCGCUGCCGGGACUAUUUUAAAAAUAAGAAGCAGUGGCAGGAGAAGACAGAAGGAUUGGCUGUAUCCAGGACCUUUAUUGGUGCUCUGGACUAUCUCGAAGGGAAGAUCUCCAAACUUGAUCAGAGUUUAAACCCGAUGGACUUUGUUGCAGUGUGGAGAGGUCUUGCUGGUGGCGUGGAUCAACUGAUUUUAAGUGGAGUUUUCAUGAGCAAUGCAAAGUUCCACAACGGUGGUGUUGAGAGACUUGGUGUUGACUUGGAGGUCUUGUUUCGGGUGUUUGCUGCAUGGUGUUUGAGGCCUGAAGGCUUCUUCCCAAAGCUGUGCGAGGGUCUGAGGCUGUUAAAGAUGGAGGAGAGGCAGCUCAAGGAUGAGAUGUCAAGGGCAAAGGAGAGAUGGUUGAGGGAGAAUGGUAUUAGGCAUCUAACAUUAUCAGAGGCAUUAAAAAUAGUGAAGAAUAGGGUCUUUGUGGGAUGAUUUUUUUUUCCCUCCUUUUUUUGAGUUAAAAUGGAGGAAGUAAGGCACUUCCUGUGGGAUGACCAUUCAUUCAGUAAGAGCAGAAUAAACUGACAGCGGUAUUAUAAGUUUGAAAUGUUCAGCUUGGAGGUUGGUGUACAUGGAUCUAUGGCUUCCUAAAUAUGUUUUUUUUUCUGAUUCUUUUUCAAAUUUUUUAAAUUUGUAAGCUUGAUGUCAUUUCGUUUAUUUUGAAGAAUGAAAUAAUCUUCAUGGUUGAAUCCUA